CUUCUCUUUCUGUGUUGUCUUUGCUCUGUGUAAUGUAUAGCUCUGUUAUUCGCUCACAUGCCUUUCCCAUGUGGAAUAAACUCUUCAUUUAGUUUGCACUCCGGAAGGAGUUACUGAGGUUACUAGGUGGAAAGAAAGAAAGAAAAAAAAAACAGAAGAGGGCUCUUGUAUCUGCGUCUGUGUCUGUACCUGGACUCUUCUCGGCACCAGUUGCUAAGGUGAAAACCGUCAGGCCAUGGCUUCAAAUUUUAAUGACAUUGUAAAACAAGGAUAUGCAAGAAUUCGUAGCAGGCACUUACGGAUAUAUCACAGAUGCUGGUUGGUUUUCAAGAAGGCAUCCAGCAAAGGCCCUAAAAGGCUGGAAAAGUUUUCAGAUGAGCGAGCAGCCUACUUCAGAUGCUAUCACAAGGUGACAGAGCUGAAUAAUGUGAAAAAUGUUAUUCGAAUACCUAAGGGCACCAAGAAGCAUGCUGUUGCUCUCAUUUUUAAUGACGACACCUCAAAGACUUUUGCUUGUGACUCAGAAAUGGAAGCAAACGAAUGGUGUAAAGUAUUGCACAUGGAGUGCCUGGGAACUGAAAUAUAUGAUGUCAGUCUGGGAGAGCCAGACCUGCUUGCAGCUGGUGUAUACAGAGAACAGAGUGAGAGGUUCCAUGUUUAUUUAAUGCCAUCUCCAGUCCUGGAUGUCUAUGGGGAGUGUAUUCUUCAGAUAACAUCUGAGACAAUCUGCCUUUGGGAUAUCCAGCACCCGAGGCUCAAACUCGUCUCCUGGCCCCUCUGUGCACUCAGACGAUAUGGACGUGCCCCGACAUGGUUUACAUUUGAAGCGGGCAGGAUGUGUGAUACUGGUGAAGGGCUGUUCACCUUCCAGACGCGAGAAGGAGAAGCAAUUUACCAGAAGGUGCACACAGCCGUGUUGGCCAUUGCUGAACACCACGAUUGGUUAAUUAAAAAUGCUAAGAAUGAAAUGGAGAUGAGUGAAGGAGUGUCCCCGUUCAGUUCUCUUCCUCACAGCACCUACUGGAAGCACAAGCAGCUCAGUCCCAAACAGCUGAACCACAUGCAGGGAAAUUCUAGUCCAUUAAAGAUUGUCAAUGAGAAGACAUUCUCAAGUUGCAGAUGAAGACAUCCCAACACUCUGGAGAAUAAUCAGAAAGCCACCAAAAAGAAAGAUUUAGAAUUUCAUUUUUAGACUUGUUUACCUUCCAGGUUGAAUAAGGCAUUUUUUGAAUAAAAUGACCUUUUAUUUAUUACCAUAUUUUUUUCUGUAUAUAUGGUUUGUAAUGUACAGUAUGUGUAUAUGUCUUGAAUGUGUAUGUGUCUUGUUUGUUUCACGAGUUUAUGGUUACAAAUAUGUGUUAUAAUACAGUAGAAUUGAGAAAACAAAAAGUAUUUAAUGGCUAUGAAUGAUAUGUUAACUUUAUCAGAAGUAAUGUUUAUUAUGUGUGCACUGCCACCACUACAAGGGCCUCGGUUACAACCUACCCAAGGGGUGCCAACAUGAUGAGCCUGCAACUCCACAGGCUCUUGAAUCCCUUCUACACACCUGGACUGUUCAAGCCAGAGAUGUUGCAGUA